UAUGGGGUCGCAGUCACCAGGGAGGGACCCAGGUAUUUAUGGCAAGGAUGAAGUUACGGGGUCGUUGUCACUAGGAAGGGACCCAGGCGUCUGGGUAGGGGACAAGGAUGUGGUUAUGGGGUCAGGAGGAUGUGGUUAUGGAGUCAGUGACUAGGGAGGGAACUGCGUGUCCAGAAAGGACAAGGUUAUGGGGUCACGGUCACUAGGAAGGGACCCAGAGGUUGGGGCAGGGGACAAGGACGUUGUUAUGGGGUCAGGAGGAUGCGGUUAUGGGGUCGCUGUCACUAGAAAGAGCCUCGGGCAUCCAGACGAGGGCAGGGUUAUGGGGUCACGGGCACUGGGAGGGGACCCGAGUGUCCCAGUGGGAACCAGGACCCCAAAUGUCCGUGGGGGGGAGCCUCGUCACUGCCCCGAGGUGUCACGAGCGGCCUCAGGCCUCAGCCCGCAGCGAGGCGGGGGGAUGGAAAGGGGUGGGAAGCGGUUUUGGGGCCGAACGGUGGUUUUAGGGCCGUCCGGUGCUGCUUCCUCUCUGCCACCGGUGCUGCGGUGCCACCGCGUCCCCAACGCUUGUCAUGGGGUCCCCCCACCUCGCCGCCUGCCUCCGGGCACUGUGCUGCCUCCUGAGCCUCCUCCACGCCGCUGCCGGCACAAUGCUCACCCUGCAGUGUGACACCCAGUCCUGCUCCGCCAGCAGCUGCUGCCUGGGGCUCCCUACGGCGAGGAGUGGGCAGCUGGGGGGGGAGCCCUGGGUCUGCGGGUGCCCCCCGGGCUUGAUCCGCACCAUCCAAAAAUCCUCCGUCGUCUGUGAUUGCCCCCCCGGCUUGAUCCGCUCCACCCAAAACUCCUCCGUCUGUGAGUGCCCCCCCGGCUUGAUCCGCUCCACCCAAAACUCCUCCGUCUGCGAGUGCCCCCCCGGCUUGAUCCGCUCCACCCAAAACUCCUCCAUCUGUGAGUGCCCCCCCGGCUUGAUCCCCUCCACCCAAAACUCCUCCGUCGUCUGUGAUUGCCCCCCCGGCUUGAUCCCCUCCACCCAAAACUCCUCCGUCUGUGAGUGCCCCCCCGGCUUGAUCCGCUCCACCCAAAACUCCUCCGUCGUCUGUGAUUGCCCCCCCGGCUUGAUCCGCUCCACCCAAAACUCCUCCGUCUGUGAGUGCCCCCCCGGCUUGAUCUGCUCCAUCAAAAACUCCUCCGCCGUCUGCGGGUGCCCCCCCAAAAUGAUCUGCACCAUCCAAGAUUCCUCCAUCAUCUGCCAAGAGGCCUGCGACGUCACCAACCUGGAGCCGGUCAAGAAACUCUGCGAGGGGAAGAAGGGCUUCCCUCUUUGCACCAAGCUGCUGAACAGCACCAAGGGCCCGAAGGAAACCUGCGCCAACACCACGGAGCAAACGCUGCAGGAGGUGCUGAGCGAGCUGCAGAGCGUGGUGAAGAAGCAGCAGUGCACCCAGCACGGAGCCAAAUCGGCCGCGCUGCUGAUUCAGAGCACCGAAGCCAUCGUGCUGCAGGCCGCCCACGGCGGCAUUCGGGAGCUGAACACCACCUUCAUGCAGGCCGAGACAAAGCUGGUGGAUGAUGCCUGCCCCAUUGGGGGGAAUGAUCUGGAGCUGAAGGUGGAGGAGGAGGAGCUGAACAUCAGAUGCACCAUAUUGCCAAAAGGCACGGUUGCGGUGGCCUUCAUCGUCUACAAGAAUUUGGAGGACGUGCUGAAUAACGUCAUGGAGAUGUCCCAGGAGGUUCUCAUCUCCCGCGUAGUUGGCGGCACCGUGGGGAACAACAACAAAACCACCUUCUCCAGCGACUUCUUUAUCACCCUGCAGCACAACAAGUCGCUGCAGGAAGGCAAGGAGGCGGUCUGCAUGUCCUGGAAGCUGGAGGGCUCCAAGGGGCGGUGGACACCGGAGGGCUGCCGUCGCACCGGUGGGAACAACUGGAGCUCCAUCUGCGCCUGCAACCACUUCUCCAGCUUCGCCAUCACCAUGGCCACCCGAGAAGGGAACGAGAGCCACGCGCUGUGGGUGGUGAGCUGCGUGGGGCUGUCGGUGUCGCUGCUCUGCCUCUUCCUCACCAUCGUCACCUUCGUCCUGUGCCGCUCGCUCUGGAGCGUCAGCAUCUCCCUCCACCUCCAGCUCAGCAUCUGCCUCUUCAUCGCUGACCUCCUCUUCCUCGUGGCCGAGCACCUCACCACCAAGAUGCUGCUGUGCAAGAUCAUCGCCGGCUGCCUCCACUACUUCUUCCUCGCCUCCUUCUCCUGGAUGCUCCUGGAGGGUUUGCACCUCUUCCUCACCGUCAGGAACCUGCGCGUCCUCAACUACCUCAGCGCCACCCGCUUCAAGCGCAGAUACAUCUACCCCGUGGGCUACGGCCUCCCGGCCAUCGUGGUGGCCGCCUCCGCCGCCACGCGCCCCGACGGCUACGGCGCCGAGAAGCACUGCUGGCUGAACACGGAGGGAGGCUUCAUUUGGAGUUUCGUCGGCCCCGUCUGCGUCAUCAUCCUGAUUAAUCUGAUCUUUUUUCUCAUCACCCUCUGGACGCUGCGGAAGCGACUCGCCUCCCUCAACGCCGACGUCACGGCCAUAAAAAACACCCGGCUGAUGACGUUCAAGGCGCUGGCGCACGUCUGCAUCCUGGGCUGCACGUGGGGGCUGGGCCUGCUGCAGGCACAGGGGGGGGAGGUGGUGGCCUUCAUCUUCACCAUCGUCAACAGCCUGCAGGGAGCCUUCAUCUUCCUCGUGCACUGCGUCCUCAACCGGCAGGUGACGGAGCACUACCGCCGCUGGUUUCGGGUGCUGGGGCAGUCGUGGAAGCCCCAGGAGACGCCCACCACCGAGAUGCGGAUCACCUAUGUCACGGAAGGGGAAAGAUCGCAGAGCCACAGCGCCGAGGGCUGCACGUGGGAGAAGUGACGGUGGGGAUGCGCCGGACCGGCUCAUAACCUGUGUUUUUCAGCACAUCCAGCCCGUUUUUACCAGAUUCCUGAUCAUCUCACCCAUUUCCAACGUUUUUUCCCUCUGAACAGUGUUUUUUUGGAGCUCUCCCCCUAAAUCCAACCAAUUUUCAGCGUUUUCUCCCAAGAAACAAGCCAUUUUUAGCAUUUUAUCUCCCAUUUUUAGCACUUUCCUGAAGAAACAAAUCAUUUUUAGCAUUUUUCCCCCUUUUUCUAGCAUUUUCUCCCAAGAAACAAGCAAUUUUUACCAUUUUCUCCCAAGAAACUUGUUAAAUUAACAAGUUUUUAUUGAAAGCAGAAGCAUAUCUUUGUGCCAGUGCUACCACUGGUGGACUUUUCUCUGAAAACAGUCUGAAAUGGCUAAAAACCAGUUUCAUUUUCAGCCACAGGUCCCCUUCUUAUUGAUUUUCCAGCAAAUUUCUCAAGCCUGGCUCAAAUUUCCUAAUUUUCACAGGCGGAGAGGGAGAUCCCAAGGUUAAUUUUCAACCCAGAGAAGGCAUUUUGUUACCUGCAAUGAAUCGUUGUGUUUCGACUGAUCGAUAACAUAUAAAUCAUCCUCUCUCUCUCAAGUUUUAGCUUACAAUCCUUUAAAAACUAUCAUUAAAAUCAAACCACGCUUUGAA